AUGUCUGACGGAGGAAAUAUUGUCCGUGGAAUGGAAAGAGAUGAAGCUCCGGCGUGUGCUCGGCAUCGCUUGUCUGCUGUAACAACAGACAAAAAACCACGACAUGUGUAUGCAAUUUUCCUAACCUUCCAUAUUCCUUGUUUCAGCACUUUUUAUUUAUAAAAUUAGUUAUGAAGCUCUUUAAAAUUGCAUAUCAAUUUCAUACUCUUUGAAAGCGAAAAUUGAAUAUAGCAGCCUCGACUUUUAUUAAUAGUGAAAAAAAAAAACAAUAGUUUCUCACGUUUAUAUUGAUUCAAAUUUUCCUGAAAACAUACUUACAGUUUUCUCGUUACAGGAGAAAGUUACUUUGAAAGGUGAAUCCGAAAUAGGGUAUAUCGAAGAAAAAAUGAAUCAAAUUUCAGGAACUGCUUCUCUUUUGAUUUAGGAUUUCAAUAAAACUCUGGGACUUUUCCCAUGUGUAAGAGGAAGAUGUCAAGUAUUGAGCCGAUUGCGGGAAAGUCUGGAUUGGGAUCACGAUUUUCAAGUUCCGUCACUCUGUUCGAUGGCUCUUCUCGGAACGUCGCGUCUUCAUCGAUUGAUAGACGAAGCAAAGAGCGUGGCUCAAGACGAGAGCCUCCACAUUAAAAAUAGGCUUGCCAUGAGGAUGUAGGCGGCGGCGCGCCAAUUGGCAGACCCCGCCUACCGAAGCUCGACGCCGAGCCGCCGGGGAUUUCCAACCGUGCGGUUUCCACUCACUUGUUGCCCGUGUGCUCUUCCCUGAACCCUUAGCCAACAUGUCUGACGUCGAGGACGAGUACGAAGACGAGGAGGAGAUCGAGGAGCCCGAAGAGUCUCAGGUUCGUUCCGUUAUCCUUAUUUCUUCUUCUACCUGUAAAAAUUCUUAUUUUCUGAAAGUCUUCAUUUUUGAAACGUCUUUUUCAUCAAAGAUUGAUUGAAGAUGGAAUGUCUUCUUGUCAGUCCAGAGAUGGUGCCGUACUCGCACUAGUUGUAAUUUAUAUAAUAGCUGCAUCUUUUCUCAUGUCGAAAUAUGAUUUGAAGUUCAAAUUAAACUUUACUAAAAAGUUAUAAAAUAAGAAAAAGGAUUUUCUUCAUUUUAACUGGAUCAAAUCUAAAUCGUUAUAAGUCGAAUAAUUGGAUCACUUUAUCGAUCUCCGUUUGACGCUAGUUUUAAAAGCACAAAGUUUUUUUUUCCGUUUCCAUGCGUUUUCUGGCACUCCGACAAGAAUAAGUUUUUCUUUCGCCCAACUUCUCGGAGCCCAUGCGAACGCCACAUUCCCGAUUUGUUUUGCCUAUCGGGAAGGUUCGCAGUGAUCAUUAAGGGCUCCGUUUUGUGGCUGCGGCGAACCGACGAGCGCCGCAUAGGGUGUAAAGUGGAUUGUCGUAGGAUGUGUUGUCGGCUUCUCCCUCUACGAUUCGGUUGUAACAAAACAUCGACAGACGCAAGUGCAACGACGCAAUUCGCAAAGCCUCAAAGUUUUCCUACCAUGGGAACAAAGUACUAGAGAAAAGACUAGCAAAAUAUUAGGUAGAAAUUUCACGUUCUCUGAAAUUUCAGGAAGCUCCCGAGGAACCAGAAGAAGAAGAACAGGUUGAACUCUACCAAAACCGAUAUAACCUAAUAGACCUUUUAACAUGUUUACACAUUAAUGGUUACUCAGAAACCCAAUAUGAAAAAGAAAUAGAAGCCAUUUGCAACCUCCAACCCAACUUUCCCCUAUUGCCAUCUUUAAUUUUCCUGGUUUGGAAACGCAAUGGUCGCAAGGAAUUAUCUUGUUCAAUGGAGUUAUGGCAAAGCAUUUUCGCCUCAAAUCCUCGGUGUUAUUUUGAAAUUUUUUUGCUGAGGGUUGUUUUCAAAAAAAAAAAACAAAACAAAAAAGCAGUACAUCCUUUCUCAUUAUAGUAAUCGCAGCCGUGUCUCCAUUUUUGUGACCAUUGCUUUCCAAGUCGAGGCAGAUUAGCUCUGUAACCUAUACCUUUGUGAAAUAAUCAUCACCACAUUGAUGUGUUCUUUUUCAGCAAGAUGAGGCACCGGCUCCGGCCGCCGCUCCCGAGCAGACGGAAGAAGCUCCUCCGGCACCUCGCUCCACCAUCCCUGCUUCGAUCAAGAGUCCAACUCCAGGCAGACAAACUCAGUUCACGCCAAGUGUUCCGCAGAGUGUGCUCAGGAAGUACAAAUUGGAAUCAGAUUCCUAUGAAAAGAUUUUCCAAUUUAGACAAGCCAACUACUCGAGCGGAAAGCCGUCCAAGGUUCACUCCAAGGACAAGCUCAUGCGAUCCGAGGGAAUCAUUCCUAUUCAAGCCGGAUCCAACAAGUAUGCUUCGCAAAAAGGAAUGACGGGUACGAUUGCAACUGUUCCACUUUGCAAAUUUUUUCCCCCGUUCAGGUUUUGGUGUCCCCCGUGACGUCAUCGACAAGGUGAAGUCGGACAACUUGAAGGAAAUCACCGAUGAGGAGAAGAUCAAGAACCUCAAGGGAUCGACAUGGCUCCAGUCUGGUACCAACAAGUUUGCCUCACAAAAGGGACAGACCGGUGAGUUGAUGAGAUUCUACGGCUUUUUCCAACUUCGCCUUAGGCUUCGGUGCACCUCGUGACGUCAACUACAAGACCAAGGGAACUGGUGGUGCCAGCGAAGUCGCCGAAGAAAAGGCCCGCGCCUCGGACGGAAUCGUCCCUCUGCAGUCUGGUACUAACAAACUCGCCUCACAGGCGGGUAUGACCGGUAUUGGUAUGCCGCGAAUCGUCGAUGGUCAGUUCUCCUUGACUUUCUGACGAUCCUACGGAGCCUUUAUUCCAGUUCGACGCACUGCCGACCAAGACCGCGACUCACAAGGUUUCAUUCAUCUUCAGAUGGGAACGAACAAGUUUGCCAACCAAAGCGGCAUGACUGGCUUUGGAAUGCCCCGACAUAACAUCACCAAGUAUUCUUGAUUAACAGCCUAGAAUCACGCUCAAAAUUUCAAGGUACAAGGACGAAGUCCGAGGAGACAUGCCGCACGACGAAGGUACCAUCUCUCAGCAGACUUCCGGCUGGAAAGAAGGUAAUUCAGAAAGAAAAUUAUGGAUUUAAAGACUUUUCCAACAUAUCAGUGAGAAGAAAGCAUCUCUGAGUUUUUAGUGAGAAGUUUUUGGAAAAGAAAUCUUCCGGUUGUUUUUGAAUGAAAUUUUCAAACUAGUUUCAUGGUUUGAGAAAAUUUGACCACAUGAUACUAAGCUCAAAAAAGAAGAGAAAAUCGACGCAGUGAUCUCGAUGACUAACUAUCAGCUCCAAUAUCUGCCUUCUAAAAUACUCCAUAAAUAAAUAAAAUUCUAUACUACUCAGCUCGCUAAAAUUUUUUUUUACUUUUAAAUCUGAAGCUAAAAUUAGGAGCUCUGAUUUUGAGAUUGUACCUUUAUUGGUCUACAUUAAGGCUAUCACGGAAAAAAAAAGUUUUUGCUCAGGUGCCUCCCAAGCCGGUAUGUCUGGGUUCGGUGCGUUCCGUAAUAACACUGUUGCCUUGCUCCAGAACCAGGAUCAACGAUCACAGGUACUGUGUGUCAGAAGACUAAUCAAAGGAACUGCUUGCAGGGAAUGAUCCCCUACCAAAUGGGAGUCAACUUCCUCGAAUCGCAGGCCGGAAAGACCGGAUUUGGACAGCCGCGCCAGGUUUACACGCCUUUCACCGACGACACGCACGAAGACCUGCCGGCGGAUCUGGCUCGUCGUCCAGAAGUUCCGUUCUGGAGCGGACAGCGCGAGUCUGAGCACGCCAACCAGGUUUGUUUUUCGAUUCUCAUUAAUUUUUGAAAGCAAAAAUAAGCCUUUAGAUUUUCAGACCUUUCUGAAAAUGAACUUUUGCAGACUGGCAUGACGGCCUUCGGUACGCCUCGUGACGUGCGCGGAGAAUACGUCCGUCGCAUGUGGUAA